AUGUACCGGGCCCGGGCGUCGCGGGCAGGGCCGGACUCGGGCAGCCCGGGCCGCUUCGGCAUCCUCAGCACCGCGCAGCUCCGGGACCUGCUGCAGGACGAGCCCAAGCUGGACCGCAUCGUGCGGUUCAGCAGGAAGUUCCAGGGCCUGCAGCUGGAGCGAGAGGGAUGCCUGGCCUCCAACUACGUCCUGGCCAAGGAGAACCUGGCGCUGCGGCCCCGGCUGGAGAUGGGCAGAGCAGCACUGGCCAUCAAGUACCAGGAGCUCCGCGAGGUGGCCGAGAGCUGCCGUGCCAAGCAGCAGCGCCUGGAGGUGAGUCUGCAGCGAUGGAGCCCUCACUCUGUCCUGAACCACCUGAGGGCCGAGCUGGACGAAGCCGAGCAGGAGGCUGAGGAGCAGAUGGAGCAGCUGCUGAGCGGGGAGCGGCCCCUGGAGAGCUUCCUGGCGGGCUUCCAGCAGGGCCGAGCCCGGGCCCACCUGCGCCGGACCCAGGCCGAGAAGCUGCAGGAGCUGCUGCUGCAGCGGGAGAGACCCCCGCCCCCGACCCCGCCGGAGCCCCCCCCUCCACCCACAGGCCCCAAGCUCUUGCCGCUGGUCCAGGGCCCGGCCCCGGCCCCGGCCCCGGCCGGCCCCCUGCGGCCCACUGGGGCCCUGGGCCCCCUCCCCGCCGCCCCGCGCCACCUCCCUCCUCUGGACUCCCGCCCGGCGCCCCCACCCCAGGGCUCCCCCCUACGCCAGCUCGGCCAGGCGCCGCUGCCCGCCGCCCCCCGCGCCCUGCAGCCGGAGCCCCCUCACCGGUAG